AUGAGACUGUGGCUUAGAACGCUUCUCCUUGUGCUCAGCUUUGAGCUCACAAGCCCAGCAUGUAUGCCAACCCCUACUUCGAUGAGGAACACAAUCAUCCACAAUGAGAAGGCAAAAAUACUGCAACGAAUUCAUCUUCCGCGGAGGCCUGAAUCGGUGGAAACAAAAGUAUCAUACCGAGUCGAACGUGAUCUAACCGAUUUUUAUGAGCCUGAAUUUGGAGUUGAGUCGAACUCGUUUGAGCCAAUAUCAAACAGCUCGCUUUGUCGCACGAUGGAUGGUGAAGAUAUAAUUCCAGACUGUUUCAUCUAUCAUCUUGAAGUAAAAGGAACAGUAGUUGGGGCUGAUUUCGUUCUUCUGUUGAAGCCGCAAUUCAGAAGUGUAAAUCUUACAAUUUCGAUUUAUGAGGUUGGACGCAUCGAUGGUCAGCUGUCACGCAUUGAUAAACUUGUCGUUGUGGGAUCAUCGUCUAUUUCUGAGGACUUGAUAGUUAAGACUGACAUCAAAGAAGAAAUGAGGCAGUGGUUGAGAGGAAACACAAAUUACAAUGUUGAAAAGUUGUUGAUGAUCUCGGCAAAAGUCAACGGUUUUGAAUUGCCUUUUUGGGACGUUUUCCGUAAAACUCCAUCAAUAGAUGUGGUUAUUGGAACACCAGAAAAGCAGUCGUCUCGUUGUGAAUCAUCGUCCAAGUGUUGUUUGAUGUCAUUUUAUCUGAACUUUACGGAAUUAGGCUGGGAUGACUGGAUUCUGUCCCCUCCUGGAUAUCAUGCAAAUUACUGUGUCGGUCAAUGCCCUUUCAAUUCGGAUACAGAAACACAAGCUGUACUGAGAUCAGCCAAAACAAAUGAUUCAUCAUUUUUCCUACCAAGUCCAAGCUGCGCACCCUUGUAUUAUGCACCUUUGAAGAUGAUAUACACGGUUGGCGAAAACGAUUUCCGAAAAUCUGUUCUACACGGAAUGACAGUGCUAUCGUGUAGUUGCUCAUCGCAUUAA